UAAAACUUCCUGUUUACUAGAACACGUGAAAUUUUGCUGAACAGCACAUAUAGAGUUUAAAAUGCGCGUUGUGGCGCUAAUAAGUGGUGGUAAGGACAGCUGCUAUAAUAUGCUGCAAUGUAUUAUAGAGGGGCAUGAAAUUGUAGCACUUGCCAAUCUGAAACCCAAGGACAAAGAUGAGCUGGACAGUUACAUGUACCAGACAGUGGGUCACCAUGCCAUAGAUCUGUAUGCCAAUGCCAUGGGACUGCCUCUUUAUAGGAGAACUAUAGAGGGCAGGUCCAUUGUACAAGGAAAAGACUACUUGCCUCAUGAUGCAGAUGAAGUAGAGGAUCUUUAUUUAUUGCUGAAGCAAAUAAAGGACGAGUUAACAGUGGAAGCUGUGUCAGUAGGAGCAAUCCUGUCUGAUUACCAGAGAGUGAGAGUAGAAAAUGUGUGUUCAAGGCUGGGCCUAACUUCCCUGGGUUACCUAUGGAGACGAGAUCAAAAGGAACUACUGCAGGAGAUGAUAGGCUGCAAGAUUAAAGCACAGAUCAUCAAAGUAGCUACACUAGGUCUUACUCCUUCAGAGCACUUGGGAAAAUCAAUUGAAGAUAUUUACCCCCACAUGCUGAAGAUGGAGGAGAAGUAUGGACUAAAUGUCUGUGGAGAGGGGGGAGAAUAUGAAACCUUCACCCUAGAUUGCCCUAUGUUUAAAAAGAGGAUUAUUAUAGAUGAGUCAGAGACUGUUAUUCAUUCUGAUGAUGCCUUUGCUCCAGUUGGCUACCUCAAUCUCAGAAGAAUGCAUUUAGAAGAUAAACAAGAGGUUUUUACAGAUUCUACAUUGAAAGAAUUACUCAAUCUUCCUGUUAAAAGGAGUUCUCAGACACUCCAAGAACUUUUCACUGAGGAAGAACUGGCUGAUUUACCAGAGAAUUCCAGUUGCACACCAACAAGAAAAUCUAUUACAGAGGGUUGUGCAGAGUGCUUAGCUGAGUCAAGUGAAAUGGUAACAAAAAGUAAAAGUGGUCAUAUCUAUAUAACUGGUGUUUGUGGAAAGAAGGCAGAGCUGAAUCAGACUAUUGAAGAUAUCACCUACAAGGCAAUGGAAAGGCUAAAAGCAUUGCUUUCCGAGCACGAUCUUGUGAUGAGCGACUUAGUUGUGUUACACCUCUAUGUCCAAAACAUGCCAGAUUUUGCCAGGAUAAAUUCUGUCUACAGAAAAUAUUUUGAUAUAAAUCCACCUGCAAGGGUCUGUGUUCAAGCUAAUCUUCCCCAAGAUGUCAUCAUACAGGUAGACUGUAUUGGAUACAGAAAUGCCUCUGAACCACUGUUAAGACACACAAUGCAUGUCCAGGGCCUCUCACACUGGGCUCCAGCAAAUAUAGGGCCCUACAGUCAGUCAGUCAAGCUUGGGAAUGAUGUAUAUGUUGCCGGUCAAAUUCCCCUUGUACCUGCCACCAUGCAGGUUAUAGAUGGCGGGAUACUCCCCCAGUGCCGCUUGACUCUCAGACAUGUUGAGCGAGUGCUAAUGGCCAUGGGAGAAGGGCUGCAGUUGUGCAAUGUCCGUAUGGCUGUAUGUUAUGUUUUUGAUGAGAGGUGUAUUCCUGUGGCUAAAAGAGAGUGGAAUAAAGCUCUUGCAAGAGUUCAGCCAGACUGCUUUGGAGAAGAAGACUUGCCCCCAGUUCUGGCUGUGUAUGCUGUGAUACCAGCACUACCCAGAGAUGUGUUAGUGGAGUGGCAGGUCCAAGCUAAUGCAGUGACACAGAACUGGAUAUGUAAAUCAGAGACUCUGAAUCUGUCUUCCGGGACUGUAACAUUAGACUACCAAUACUUGCAUGACAGCUCGGAGCCUGGGCACUUCUGUGGACGAUUGGACACCCAUGGGGUAAAAAAUGAGAUUCUUUCUAAACUGUCAGACCUUUUGAAAGCAGCACUCUGUUGGCACAGAAAGCAGGUGGCAGAGAGAGAGGCAUCGUCAGUACAUCCUACAAGCAUGAACCUGUUUUAUAGACAUCAACACAUUCAUUUACAGGACGUGCAGGAAGCAUACAACAGUGCUGCCAAGUCAUCGGGGGAAGUGUUUGCAGCUGCAUUCAUACCAGUUGAAAGGCUUACAGAGCAGACAACGCUUCUUACAAUUUGGCAUUAAUUUUACCAGAGAUAACAUUUUCCAUAAUAGACAAGUAUGCUUUAUGCAAAAUUUGGCCUGGAAGAUUUUAUUAGUUCUGAUAGCCUUUUAAAAUGAGUUGUACCAAAAACUUUUUAGGUUGGUGAUUUUUAUCUUGUAAUAUUUUAUCUUUGGUGCUCUGUAUACCCUGCCUAUAUUAUCAAAAUAAUCAUAGUUUUCCCAUGCAGUACAUACAACUGGAAUUAAAUAUGUACAACUUCUAAAUGUCAUUCAUAUUUUCUAUUAGCCAAAAGUAUUACAUUAUACUGUCCGUUCCUCACGUUUCAGUAAAGAUUUACAUAAAAGCAGCCUCAAUCAACAUUAGUCGGCAAGGGAGAAUUACUGUUGUAAGUGUAUUGAUAUCAUAUUUGAUAUGUACAAUUUAUUUAUAAAAAGUUGAUCACAGUCUUAUAUUCUAUUUUAGGUAAAUUAGAUGACACUUGUAUAAUUGGUAUUUCUUGAUGGGCAAAUGCAAUAAAUAUUGCACAAUGUGAAACUGUGGCAUUCAGUUGUACAUUACUUCUUAGAAAACAUUGGAAAAAUUAUUUUAAAGUGAGUUGUUAGGUAAUUUUAG